AUGGAGUGGGGCAACGGGAUCGGCAUCGAGUCGUCACAGAUUUCCGCUGCCAAGCGGAUCGUCGGUACUGCCAAUUCCGAUUAUCUGCUUUUGAAGUCCUCUGGAUAUUCAAGUCACUGCCAACCGCCCAACAUGGUAGCUGAGUACCUCACCAUCCGCAACGACACCGGCAAUCCAAUCACUUUGAAGCGCAUCGAGCGCUGCAAUUCAAUUAGAGGGCUACGACUCCCUUUCCAAUAUGGAGAAAGGAGCCCAGAACGACCAAUCAGGAGCUCACUGGCCGCUUUCACUGUCAACCCCAACCAGCGCCAAACUACAAAGAAAAGCUUGACCGUCAAAGAAUCUCGUGUUAGCCACCCAGUAGCUCAAUGUGGGAAAACCAGAGUUGAAGGGGCAGAUCAAGAUGUGUACAGAUAUAGAUACAACUCUUAG